AUGACGGCCGCGUGGAGUCAGCCACUAACCCCAACGACCAACCAGUUCGCCAGCAUGGACGAUACCUUCGCCGGCUUCAGGAGAUGCCUGCAAAAAUCCGUCUUCUGGAUCAACCGCAUCGGCGACAUGAUCCCCGGAAUCCAGCGUAGUGAAAAAGUUGAACUGCUAAAAAACGCUUUCCAUGGCUUUGCGUUGUGGCAGAUCUGUGUGGAAUCGUAUAGACUGAACAUGCCAAACCAAGUAGCACUAUGCAACAACAAGUCCUUGUCACUACCACUGAACUGGAAUUCGUGCCCUCGUUCGCCAUUUGCGGUACCCGACGAUCCGAAGAGUUCCCCCCCAAGUACUUGGGGGCCGAUGUUCGAGGGUGUGUGCUGGAGGAUGAUAAAUGAGAUCAUCGAACCGCUACAUCGUGUCAGACCCAGUGAAGAGGAAGCGGCGCUCGUUUGUGCGAUCAUCAUCCUGGAGAACCCCACUUUCACGCUACGUACCGAGACAAGAUCAGUCAUCGAGCAGCUCAAGGACCGGCUCAGUUGCUCGUUAAUGUAUGCCAUCCGGCGCAGCGGUUGCGAAGAUGUUGAGGACGUCCAGAGAUUCAGUCACAUCCUCAACCUGUUACCGGCCGUCGCUCGCGUCAGCUGCAACCUAUCCGAUUGCCUCAAUUUGUCGCGAGUUUUCAAUCAACUCCAAGAGCCACUGCUCCGACGCUUCUACGAUAUUUUGGCAAGCGGAGAUAAUGAGAAUUGUCUCCGUCUAACCGACAAAGAUUUCGCUGAUGUCGUCGCGACACUUUGCGACAAAUCGCUA